AUGGUUGUCGCAGCCGCCGGCGUCCCGUUCCUCAAGCUAGCGUUCCUCGCGGUGAAGCAGCUCUCGAAGCCAAUCGCCAACCGCGCAAAGGCGGCGGCCAGGAACUCUGACGCUUUCCGUGGCAUCGUUGUCGCAGUGGGCCGCCAGAUACACCAGCUGCAGAUCCAGCUCACGCGCCUGGCCGAGGGCAAGGUCUCUCUCGCGCACAUCACGCCGCUGCGCGAGCAGGCUGCCGUGGACCGCGGCGCCGAGUUUGUCUCCGAGAUGGUGAUCUACUCGGUCGCCGCGUCGACCAUCGUGUACGAGUACCAGCAGAGUGCGAGCGAGAAGAAGAGGAAGGAGGCCGAGGCGGCUGCAGAGGAGGAGCGCAGGCUGGAGGCGAACAAGGCCCUGGAGCAGCGGCAGUGUGAGCAGCUCGAUAUGUUGAAUAAACGCAUCACGCUGCUCGACGAGCAGCUCUGGGCUCUGCGGCAGGCGCAGGCUGCUCAUCGAGCCGCCGAGAGAGCGCGGGGGGAGCGCGCUGCUGCGCAGGGCUGGUGGCGAUGGUUCGGCUCGAGCUCCAACGUCAAUGAGAAAGGGGAGGGCUGA